AUGUUCUAUUUGUGUCUAUUCCUGGAAGGAGAUUUAUCCUCUCUGGCAAACAGUCACUACUUCAACAUCACAAGCAAGUAUGAGGAUUCUGUCUUCAAGACGUCGACUACAACACCAGUCGCAAGCAUCAUCACGACAGGAUCAAUCGCACUAAGCAAUGGGGUUCCAACACAGUCUACGGCUACACGGACAAAUGCGGCAGCUGUGUCCACGACCACUUCAGCUGAUGCAUUAACUUUUUUGCCGGAAGCUUCAAAUCAUAUCUGUGCUGGCAGCAAGGCUGCUAUUGGCAUUGGGGCCUCUGUCGUUGGUAUUAUCAUCAUUGGCAUCAUCUGUUUCUGCAUUAAGCGGCGAAAAACAAAUGCCAAUUCAAUACCGCCGCACCACUUCGAUUCGCGAAUUGGUCACCAUACGCAUGAGAACCAUGGGAAUGACUACAAUACAUAUAUCAAAAAGAAAUUACAAGUUUACGAGCUAAGCGACAACGACCACCAUUCAUCUCCGCGGUUCGAGCUCCCAGGGCACCCAUAG